UGGUACCUUUGUCACUUGACAACUUAAAACCGUGCAAAUGAAGCAACAAAUCGUUUUCAGUGGAACUUCUUUCCGAGUAGUUUAUGCAAUUAAUGGUUUGAGGCUUAACAAAUCCCAAAACUAAUUAUUUAGAGGGGAAGGCGCAAGACAAGCUGUCCAUUUAUCCUGGAAUUCUGUUUAUUUUAUUAUUAGAUCAACCUUCAUGGGUUAUUUUACGUAAACAAGGAAGGGAUUUCCCCAUCUUAUAUCCGUGUUCAUAGCCAUACCAAGGGGAGGGCUGCCUAAGCUUUCUUCGGUCCGGGCAACAUGUGUAACGUGGAAAAACGAAGCUUCCCAUAAUGCAAACGUGCACACGCGCCGCACUUGCAGGGAGAGGAAGCCGAGAACUACAUUUCCCAAAUGGCAUUGGGGCCGAAAGUCUCAUGUGCGUCCCCUCCCCCUCCAUGAUUUCUAAGCGGAGGUAAACAAACUGUGAAAGAGGCAGUAUCUGCUGCAGAAGGCGGAGAAAGCGAUAGAUCUUUGGGGAGAGGGCUUGCACGAUGGAUGCAGGGGCAGCAUCGAGAUAGAGGAGGCGAAAAGUGUGGGUCCACGGAGGAAAGGGGCAAUAGGGGGCAGAAUGCAGGACUAGAUUAAGAAGAGGUUAGAGGACAGAAUAAAUGUUUGGGGCACCGAGAAAAGGGUAUGAAGCUGGGUCGGGCGCAGUGCUAGAGAUUUAAAGGAGAAGAAGACGAAUAGCCAAGACCAAAGGGGAUACAAUCGGGACUAGGAGUUGUGGGAAAGGUCUCUGUUAGUGCCUAGAGGUAAAGGAAAGAGAUCUUUUUGAAGUAGGAUGUGGCCAUGAGUCAGGGUAACUGCUGCAGUAGUUGUUCAAUUCUUCUUUACGCCUCACUGAUUAACUUCGUAGAAGCAGGACGAGAGGCACCCUUUCUCCAAGUUACUCGUUUCCUACCUUAUUCUUUUUCUCUAUUGGAAAAAUCAGAGAACUAAGGUCUAUUUCACCCAUAGUGCCAGGGCAAGGCAGCAAAGUCCCCUUCACAAUUGUUCGGGGAAAGGUCUCAUCCAUCCCAAGGGCUAUGGAGCGUGUAGAGAUGAUCAACAUCCAGCGCCUUUUGGAAGCAGCCGAAUACCUGGAUCGCAGAGACCAAGAGUGUGAACAUGGGUAUGCGUCAGCCUUCCCUUCCAUGACAAGUCUUGGGCUGCAGGACCCAAAGCCACUGCAGAGACUGAGCCGGUCACGAAAGCAUAGCAGCGGAGGCAACAGCACAGGCACCACAAACAGGUCUACGCACAACGAACUAGAAAAGAAUCGACGAGCCCAUCUCCGCCUGUGUCUAGAACGCUUAAAAGUUCUGAUACCAUUAGGACCUGACUGCACCAGACACACAACCCUUGGAUUGCUUAACAAAGCCAAAGCACACAUUAAGAAACUUGAAGAAGCCGACAGGAGAAGCCAGCAUCAGCUUGAGAAUCUGGAAAGAGAGCAAAGGUUCCUAAAGCGACGAUUGGAGCAGUUGCAAAGCCCUCAGGACAUCGAGCGAAUACGAAUGGACAGCACUGGAUCAACCAUGUCCUCAGAUCGCUCUGAUUCAGAGCGAGAAGAAAUUGAAGUGGAUGUGGAAAGCACAGAGUUCUCCCAUGGAGACGUGGAUGAUAUCAGCACAACCAGUACAAGUGACAUUGAUGAUCACAGCAGCUUGCAGAGCAUUGGGAGCGAUGAGGGUUACUCCAGCGCUAGUGUCAAGCUCUCCUUCACUUCCUAGAGCCUGGUGCUAGAGCAGAGCAACUGGUUUCUUUGGGGCAACUGAGUUUCAUAUGGCAGAGCUCUUAAGAUACAGUAUUUUUCUUACCCAACCCACCCUUCAACAGCUAAGCUUGGACAGACACAACUUUAGAAUAGCUCCAUGGGUCCAUGGAAGAGUGGGAACCUAGCAGGGGAACCAAUUAAUCUUUAUUUGACCAUAAUCCAAAAUUUUUGACAGUGCUAAACUUCAGUUAAUUUCAAAUCCAGGACACCAUUCCAGUUACAUAUAGCUGGAUUGAGAUUUUCCCAUCAGCAAUGGAUACCUAUAUUGAAAGAUGGAUUGGAUGGGAAACUUGGCUGUUCAGGUGCUUGCAUUUUAAUUUGUCACACUUGUGGUUUUUUUCCUUCCCAUGUUCAAAAUUAACAAACUUGUUAUAAGACCCUUGUGGUGCUAAUAAUAAAUA